AUGACUAUUUGCGGCCCCACACAAUCGGGAAAAACACAUAAAAUCGUAGAGGUCAUUGACCACAUUGACGACGUUAUACAACCAACAACUGACAAACUACUAUACUUAUACACAGCAAAACAACCAUCGUAUGACAAGAUUAAAGAAAUUAUAUGUGACAAAAGUACAACAUUGGCACUGAAGAUAUGCGAAUUUAUUGACUGUACAAAGGGUAUACCCACUAUAGCGGAUAUAAAGCCAAAAUUUGGAGAUGCGACAUUAAUGGUUUUAGACGAUUUGAUGGUUUUGGCAAUGACUACUAAAGAAAAUGCAGAUAAUUUGAACAAUUUAGCAUCACAUCACAGCCAUCAUUUAAACAUCUCUGUUAUGUUUGUGUGUCAAAAUUUAAAUUAUGGUAGCGGUAAAUUACAUAACGUUCAAAUAAACAGCAUGUACCACCUUGUUUUUAACAAUCGUACCGAUACUUGA